AUGUCCCUACUACCUGAUUCGUCCAUUACGCCUCGCGCUCAGCAAGUUGAUACUAGCUCCGCUUCUUCGCUUCCCUUCUCGUCCUCCACUAGCCCUCUCUUCGCGCUUCCUAAACAUGGCAUAUCCCUACUUCCUGGCAACCGCGAUAGACCACCGCAUUUCUCUGCGCGCGGGCCCAAUGUAUGGAUACAGCCUGCUGAGGAAGACUCGCCCAAGGGCGGUUUCAACCAGCUCAGGUUCACAUGCCACCAGCUAUACCACGAGACUGCCGGGACUGAGAUCAAAUUCAACGAGAUCUACGUCUACGGUGAACCUGAGGCUGCAGGCCCUGCACAGCUGUUCAGUGAGUUUCUUACGUGCUGUGCGAACAAGAAGGAUGCAUGGUUCCAAGAUGUCGCACUCUGUCUCAAUGAUGGCAUCGACGGUGUCUGGAUAGAGCAGAAGGAUCAUAUGAUACCUAUUGCAAUGCUUUGUCGCAGUCAGGGUCAUACGAAUGUUCGAUACAUGUUGCGAGCACUAGACAUCCGAGACGGGGGACUGGGGUGGAUUCUGAAGGUAGGUCUCUAUCUAGAACUUGCCUUUCGCGAGAAAGAUCUGCGGUCCUCGGUCAUCAAGCACAGUGAGCUCGACAGCCUGGUGGAUGAAAUGGAGGACGCUGCCGGGUUAGAUUGGUUCAGUGAUCCCGAGCGCCUCACCCUUGGGAGUCUACCAAACUUCCGAUUCUUGCCUUUCGAUGCACGUUCCUGGCCAACUCAUAUUGAUGAUGUAGAGUUGAAAACGCUAAUUUCCCCAUGGACAGAUGUACUUGACGAGGACUUUUGCAUCCCGCUGUUGAAGCGAUGGACGAAUGAGGGUAUCUGA